ACCACCGCGAUAGUGCGGCUCUCGUUUGUAAACUGUGUCUGCUCUGUUCGCCUGUCUUGGCCAGGGAAAUGACUGGAAUGUGCCGAUUUUUAUUAGAAAUAUGCCUAUACGAGCGCCGCAUUUUCAGGUGGAGCGGCCUACAGGAGAUACGCCCGAUUUUAAUAAUUCUUGGCUGUAGUCUUGUUUUAUGUUUCAUGUAACAAACAAGAUCCUAGUUGAUUUUGAAGUUAGUAGAUGCUGGAUGAUAACUAGAUGAUGUCCGAACACGAUUUGACAGACGUGGUUCAAAUUGCUGUUGAGGAUUUGACACAAGAUCAAACAGAUGUUUUGGAGAAUCAUCAGCCUGAAGAUGGAGCUGUACAACCAGCUAUUAAACGCCCACGUGUAGAAAUUACAAAUGGGCAGCCUAUCCAAGAUGCCACAAUAAAGUCCAUUCUCUUUGACUUUAAUCAGGCCAUUUGUUUCCGUCUUGAUAGUAUUGAAGCCAAAAUUCAGGCGGUCGAAGCAACUUGUAAAGCUAUUGAAGAAAAGAUAGAUUUGGCUCUUAAUAAACAUAAUACCCCGAUCCAGGUCCCGAUGGUGGCAGGGUCACCUCUGGGAGCAACACAGACAUGGAACAAAGUACGCAGCACUGUACCACAGACUACUGUAAUAUUAAAUAGUGAUCGCCAGAACCCACUUCCUUCCAAGAUUUCCGGACAGGAAGAAGCUAUACCCCGAGGAACAGACACUAUUGAUAAUAUUCUCAGCAAUUCUAUGCCAGGGAGGAGACAGAACACAAUAAUUGUGAAGGUUCCUGGCCAUGAAGAUAGCCAUACAGAAGAUAUUGAAAGUGGAUCUGAAACAAGUGACACCAUCUCUAAUAGUGGUCAAUCAGGAGGUCAGAAUUUGGCACCCAAUGUCACACUCAUCACAUUGAACUCUGAAGAGGAUUUCCCUAAUGGAACCUGGUUAGGUGAUGAGAAUAACCCUGAGAUGCGAGUCAGGUCUCCUAUUACACCAGCAGAUAUGCUACAUGUUGCCACAAAUUGCAGAACAGCUGAAAAAAUGGCAUUGACACUUUUGGAUUACCUUUUUCAUCGUGAAGUUCAAGCUGUAUCCAAUCUCUCAGGGCAAGGGAAACAUGGCAAAAAGCAGCUGGAUCCUCUAAUGAUCUACGGAAUUAGAUGUCAUCUUUUCCACAAAUUUGGAAUCUCUGAAUCAGACUGGUAUAGAAUAAAACAGAGCAUAGACUCUAAAUGUCGAACAGCAUGGCGCAGAAAACAGCGUGGGCAAAGCCUGGCAGUAAAAGGUUUUGCACGAAGGACACCUUUAUCAUCAGUAACAAAUGGAGCAGAUGGAAUGCAGGAAUCAGUGCCAUCAUCAGGAGAUUUGCAGCAAAACCAGGCCCAAACAUUGCACUAUGCAUUGGCAAAUGCUCAGCAAGUUCAUAUCCAUCGCAUUGGAGAGGACGGACAGGUUCAACAAGUAGCUGUACAGGGGCACCUGCAUAUUGCACAGGUACCACAGGGGGAGCAAGUACAAAUCACUCAGGAUAGUGAGCAUUGUUGCCUCCAGGUACUUCCGCAAGUACAGGGUAAUCUUCAAAUACAUCAAGUCCAUGUUAGUCAAGAUGGCCAGGUGUUGCAAGGUGCACAGUUAAUUGCAGUAGCUUCUGCUGAACAUCAAACCAGUGGAGUAGAUGGAUCACCAUUGCAGGGAAGUGACAUCCAAGUGCAAUAUGUACAGCUUGCACCAAUAGCAGAUCAUGCUACAGCAACGCAAGGAACAGAAGCUCUUGCAGCCACAAUUCAACCUGAAAUAAAGAUUGAACAUGGAGCAAUCCAAAUUCAACAAGGAGAGAAUGGAGAAGUUGUUUCAAUCCAGAUGCCAGUUAAUACUGUCAGCAGUUAAAAAUAAACAAGUGGAACUAUAACAGAGGGAGUAAGAGCAGCAUGUAAAAAAAAAAGUUCAAGCAACGGAAAAUCUACAGAUUACAUAAUAUAGCAGCCAAAUCUGAAGCUCCUGACAUGACAAAAAAUAAAGCAUUUAUAUGCUCUGUUGAGAAGAAUAAAAACAUUUUGUAUCAUUUGAAGAAUUUGCUUUCUGUUUGAAGUUGCACCUGUUUUGAACAUUGGGAUCAACUGUACAAAGCAAGAAAGGUUCUUGUAUUUGAACAGUACCAUGUUAGUUUUUACUAUUCAUUAUAUUUUCAAGGAGUCUGGUUACAGGUAUAAAAUACUGAAUUAUACAUAUGCUUUGAAUUUUUGAAGAGAUAUUUAUGAAUUAUAUACAUUAUAUCCAGAAUUCAGGGAGUUUAUUUUGUUAUUAUUUUCAGUUGCAUAACCUUGGAGGCAAAACCCGAUAAAGUUAUAUUGGUAACUAAACCAACACACACAAAAUGAUCGAGGAAUUUGUCAGGUCAGGCAACAUCUACGAAGUGUAGUAAACUGUUGACAUUUCAGGCCAAGACCUUUCAUCAGGACUUCAUUGAAGGAUCUUGAUCCAAAAGGACAACUGUUCAUUUCCCUCCGUAGAUGCCUCUUGACCUGCUGACUUCCUCCAGCAUUUGGUGUGUUUUGUUCUAGAUUUCCAGCAUCUACAGAAUCUCUUGUGUUUAUUUUUGCUAUUGUAUCUAAUUUUGUUCAGAAAAUAUGGCAGUUCAUUGAGGAAAGUCAUUUCAAUUAUUAUGAAGAAAGUGUUAACAGUGUUAUGGCAGUUAUCUCUGCCUUAAGUGAAAAACAUUUUUUUGCUUGUUUAGGUGUAGCAACAAGGUGAUACUUUCAGCCCAAAUCAUUAAGAAAACAGCAGAUACUGUUUUUGCACUAUUUGGCCUUUUGACUUAAUGGCCACUGUGCUGUAGAACCAUUCAAGUAAAGAGCCAAUUAUAUCAGUGGAAGCACAGGCUAAUGAUCUUGACUUUUUAACAUGGAUAACCUGGAGCAGGAACAUGACCUCAAUAAUAAUUGUGGAACCAUUGUUACAAUUGUUGCUCUCUGUUUAGAUGAUCUUGCAGAGAAGGAUGCACUGUUUUUGUUUAUCAUUACUAUUUCUAAAGAUAAAAAUAUUUAUUUUCCUGAG